UUUGGUGAGAUGUUAUAGAAGAAGAUAGCACCACUCCACAAGCGCUGCUACUUACCGAGCCGGUCUUGGCUUGCGAUUAAUAGGAAGCUGAUAACAUGUUAUGGCUAGAAGCUCGUAUAUACUCAUGUAUAUAAAGCCUCGACAAAUUUGCGAUUGAAAGACGAAAUACGAUGGUCUUACCACACCUAACACCAUACCAAACACUCCUAGUUAAUUAGACGUGCCUAUAUCUAUCCAUCUCAAAGGCUUCCAAAAUGCGUGUUCCUACUAUCGCAACUCUUGCUGCUAUCAUCGCAUUCGCGACUUCGACUCCUACACCUCAGGCAGACCCCCCCGAGACCGACCUUUGUCUCCAGUGGAAGUUCUUGUCGGCAGAGUUAUGCUCAGACAUCGACCCUACAUACACCAAUGAGACUUUACCAGCUCUUGGUUGGUAUUGCUGUUGGUACCAAGGGCCUUUCGCGCCUCCACCAGCUUUGCCGGUGUCGGCGUGGUUGACGUUUGCGGAGGACGACUCAGUUGCAAACCGUUGCUUGGCUGGUGGAACUUGUAAGCAAGGGUUACCUGAUGGUCGUAGCUAAAUUAGAAGAAUGCCUUCAAAAGUACCUUCAAAGGGGGUCAGAAGAUAUGGCAGAAUAAGCGCAUGGGAAAUCUUUAUCUAUCUUCUAUUUUACUAGUGAUCAAUGAUAUAGAAAUGUUAUAUGCUGUGUUAAGAAGUAAAAAGACAUAUUGU